AUGGACAUGUCUAUGGGCUCCUCCACCUCCACCUCUAUGUCCAUGCCCAUGUCCACCUCUUCCUCCUCUUCUUCUUCUAUGUCUAUGUCAAUGUCAAUGGUCUUCAUGAACGCCCACGACACCCCCCUCUUCUCCAACCAAUGGACCCCCUCGUCCAGCGGUACCUAUGCCGGUACCUGCAUCUUCCUCAUCGUCCUCGCCAUCAUCUCCCGCUGUCUGGCCGCCUUCAAAGCCCUUAUGGAACGCCGCUGGCUUGACGCCCACGUCAACCGUCGCUACAUCGCCGUCGCAGGGAAAUCCACCGAAGCGGGUCGCAUUGACUCGGAUCCUGAAUCCAAAGAAGCCAGUCUCAUCACAGCCCAAGGUGUCGAGGAGAAAGUCAAGGUCAUCCGCAAAGCGGCACGCGAACCACUCCCUUGGCGCUUCAGUACGGAUCUUCCUCGCGCGCUGCUCUUUCUUGUCAUCACGGGUGUCUCUUACCUACUAUAG